UUUCGAUUGUCUCGCUCCGACCAUGUCGUCGCCCGAAGCCUGGUACAAUGGCCUGCCGCAGGUCACGCGCUUCUACCUCACGACGUGCUUUGCGGCCACGUGCUUGACGCAGUUCGGUAUGCUGAACCCGCGCUCCAUCUACCUCGACCUGGAGCUCGUCGUCUACAAGUUCCAUAUCUGGCGCCUCGUCACGUGCUUUUGCUACGUCGGCAAGUUCAGCUUCCACUUCCUCGUUUGCCUCCUCUUGCUCGGUCAGUAUGGCAGCCGCCUCGAGGCCGACCCGUUCGUCGCCGGCGGCGGACCCACGGCCGACUUUGCGUUCAUGAUGCUCUGCGGCGCGUCCGUGCUCUGGGUGGUGGGCGCUCUCAUGGGCUACAUCUUCCUCGGCGAGCCCAUGAUCUUUAUGAUCCUGUACAUGUGGAGCCGCAAGAACCCGACGCAACUGGUGUCGUUUUGGGGCUUCAAGUUUGAAGCGCUCUAUUUCCCGUGGGCGAUGAUCGCGUUCACGCUCCUCACUGGCAACGACCCACUGCCGCAGCUCGCGGGUCUCUUUGCUGGUCACGUCUACUACUUCUUCCUCGAGAUCCUGCCCAACACAAAGGGCAUCACGCUUCUCAAGACGCCCCAGAUCUUGAUCAACUGCUUUCCGUCCACGGCGCGUCCCGUGUACGGUGCGCCGCCGGCCCAGCAGCGCGCGGGCGCCGAGGCGACGGGGCCCUCGCGCUACAACUGGGGCUCGGGCCGCACCCUCGGCUCCGACUAGGCCCAAGUGUGUUCUGCCCACGAAAUUGCAUAUGAGUUGACGCUUGAAUCGUUGUUGCUGUAUUGAGCUCUGCGCUUUGACAUUGCACUAUAUGCCCGAGGCGGACCCUGGAGAUGCGUCAAGCCCGACUUGCCCCAUCGCAUCUCCCUUACAAACUCACUCUCGAUUCCCACAGGCUGCAUGAUGGGAUGCUAUGUACAGGAACAAGCUAGUUCAACUGUGCCUUGGUGACACAGAAAUCGACUGUUUAUCUCUAAACUCUAUAUCUACACUAUCGAUCUCGG